AUGGCCCCACAUAACACGCGUAUUUCACCUUUGGAUGAGGCCUUGUCCCUCCUGGCAUCGUCCACAGUAACCGAUCGAAAUAAAGGAAUCGAACAAAUCUCCGACUUGCUUGCAAACCCUUCUAAUCUAAAGUCGAUGAAAGAAUCCCGCUGGGCCGAAAUAUUUCAUCAUCUCUUCUCGGCUGCUGACACGGAGAAAUCAGCAAUGUUGAAACCAUCAAACGCUCGAAAAGGCUCGGUCGCCAGGGCAUCAAACCUGAAUCGACUUCGAGCAGCGCUGGCUUUAAUUCGCAAGUGUGUUGCACACUUUGUCUCGCAAUUCAAGCACAAGGUUAUGAAGUUGGUCAUCAAUCGCACGAUGGAAUUGAUCGUCAUUACCUCCAACCGAACCUUAAUGGACGCUAUUGUCCCUGAUUGUAUUCGGAUCUUGCGAGACUUCCUGUCAUACCGCCCUCAUCUAGAGCACCUGGACCAUGGGCUUUCUGCUGAAAUUCUCGCGAUCUGCUUUGCAUCAAUCUUGGAUCGAAAACUCCCCGAAUCUUUCAGGAUUCUUGACAACGAAUCAUUUGCUGUUGAACCAACUUGGAUACGGUCCACUGCGACAGAUCGCUCACAAGCAGCAAGCCAAAGAAUGAUCGAUUCCGCUCAACUGUUAUCGAUCGUCCUUCCCGCUUCCUCAUCAGUUUGUUUGGAGUGCUCUAAAUCCCUGCUGUUCGACUUUCGUCAGGUGUUAGAGAAUUUUCCGCGCGAGACAUCUGCCCAUUUCCAUCUGACAUCUGCACUGCACCUGUUGCUCCGUGAACUCGAACUAAACAAGGGCAGAGACCUGAGUAGAUCGGCGAUCAGCUUGGGCAAUUAUUUGAUCUCCUUAUGGCCAAGCAAGAACAUUGCCUUAAAAGAGCAAAUUGUUCUCUGCUUGACGUACCUGCUUCCUUUUGUAAUUCGUGAAGCUCAACUCAAUCUGAAAAAUUCUGAAUCCCAAGCGUCGCCAAACGCGGAAGACGUGGUCAAGAAGGUCUCACAUGUGAUAUCGAACGAUGCCGAGCUCCACGCUAAAAGUUCGUCAAUAUCGCUAGGUACUCUCCGAUUGGUUGUCCCUCCCACAGGGCUCGAUUCAUCUCUCUUUGGCACUAAGGGCUUCAGUCGCACCCAUUGUGAUGGGGUCGAUAUGGCGACAGAGAGGACUCAGGCCAUCACUUGGGGAGCGUUACGACUAGGUGCAUCUGCUCUGAAUCACCUGACCCAUUCGACUAACCAGCCUUCCACUCGGGCACUAGAGAUUUCCUCGAAACGGCGCAAGGUCGAGAGUGAGCUAGAAAUCUUUCUUCAAGACAUGCAACCUGGAUCGCCAUCCGCUUUCAUUGUUCACCGCAUUCAGUUCUUAACGAUCACUGUUGACCUACAUUGGAAAAACCUUGACUAUCAAUCCCGAUGCAAAAUCACUCAAAGUGUACUCGAGUUACUCCCCUCUGAUGAUCCGAUGGUAAUGAACUGGGCCUUUAUUUUCUUCGGUAGCAUGGCUCAUUGCAUCGUCCUUCCAGGGAGCCUUUCAUCUUCCCAUCGAGAAACGCUGCUCGCUGAUUCAUCGGUACCGAACACUAAGGACUGGGAGCAGAUAUGGUCCUAUGCGAUUCACCGUACCUCAAACCCACUCUGUACUCGCGCAGCCAGCUACGCAGCCUUUUGCAUUUUAAUAACCAAUCGAAUUCCCGUUCACGCCACUUACCACGCUAUCCACGGGUUUUUGCGGGACUUAGAUGUACAGGGGCCACCUUUCCCGUGUGAUUCUGUGUGCGUUCUCAUAUCGGAGUGUCUUGCUUUGGCCUCAGAAAAUCUGCAAUUGUCAGCCUAUGGAUUGGAAGAAAACGUUCUGAGGUGGCUUAAUAAAGCGUGGCCGGAAGUUGACCGUUCUGUGGCUACUUGGAAUUCUCUGGGCGGCUCCCAUCAGCGAAAUAGACGACUUUUACCGGAAGGUUUUGACUCCCAAGCCGCUUUCCAAUUGCUGGUUUCAAUAACAAAACUCCCUGAAGUCACGCUGUCCACUCCAAUGGAAGUACCACCUGAUUGUGCAACAACCGAUGCAUUCACCUAUAUCAAAGCCACCCAAUCUACCAGGUCCUCGAUCUUUCCUUGCUCUCAGUAUCAUAUACCUGAGCUUGAUGCGAAGGCUUAUCCCCGAACGAGCAAUGUCCGCACAAGCCCUCCGGCGGAUGACUCAUCUUACCCCCACUUCAAACCCGAAAUAUCUGCUAUAUUACGCCGAUCUAUGGAAAAUCUAUCACAAGAAUUUGAGGGCGGACAGAGGAACAUCGAGAAAAUUAUCUCUGCUGUGCCAUGUUCUCAUCUCCAAAUGAUCAUCAAGAUGCUAAUCGUUGCGGUAUUAUUCGAAGCCUCAUGUCAAGCCUCGGACAGCGCAUUUCAUCCGGAAAGUGUAAAAUCCAUUGUCUCUGUCUUCGAUGCGACCGUUCGACUGGUUGGAUCGUCCAAGUGGUCACCCCCCGAACGUGCGCGACUUUUGACUUGCUUCGAACCAAUCAUCUUGCCUUCAGUCGACAGGAGUGCGACCAUCCCAUUUGAUGGCUUGGCGCAACCAGGAGCGGCAUCUGGUAUCGCAUUGAAGCACCGCUCAAAUUUGGAACUCGGAAAAUCCAAUUCGGAUGGCAGACUUCUUGUGGGCAGCGUUCCAUCACAGCUUCAUUAUGAAAUUGCUCCAUCUCAGGUUUGGUCUGCUAGUCUAGUCAUGCGGCCGCAGCUCGAGGCACUCUCGAAGAUGUGCGAAAGGCUUUUACAAUCCGUAUCUUCAAUGACUACGUCUACUACACCUGGGAAUGCAACCGAAACCCAUCUUGUACAUACUCAAGCCACGGGAACAACAAUCGACUUUGAAGAAGAAGAUGAAGACGUCGUAGUUGGUGAUAGCCUACCAACGCAUGGAGGAUCAACGGCUGAUAAUUCUGAUGGUUCCAUGAAAAGAAACUUUCGUACCGGUCUGGGGAGCAUUUGGACUGAGCGGGCUACCUUGGUCGUGACCAGUGUUUGUGUACGAACUAUAAUCACUUGCGCGAGGAGCUUAAGUCAUCCCCCUAAAUCCGUCUGCCCCCUGCCACUACUUUCGACGAUGUCAGAUUGCGUGGGCUUUGAAAUGGUCUAUGUGGGGUCUCCCGUAGUUGAAUGUAUCCUUGGCGGAUGGAUUACUCUCGCGGCAGAUGAAGCCGACCAGCUCCUUCAACAUAUUGGGGAUACCUACUUAUCUACCUACGCGUAUUCUCAAAAUAUCGGCAUGCGCAAAUUUUCUCUGCGAGUCGUUCAAGCUACUCUGCCUCAUUGGCAAGAUGCGGCUGAGGACAUCCAGAAAGAUGUCGAGGUAACAGCUCAUCAAUUGUUGGAAUAUAUGAAUUCGCAAAUGCUUCAAGGAAAACUAAGGUCUUGGGAGGUGCAGUGCGAGUUGAGUUGUUUGCUUGAUGCCUGUACUCAAUCAAACCUUCCUCAGACGAGCUGGGCGCCCUUCACAAUUGAGGGAGAUCAAGAUGUAGUCUCGUCUCGACCAUCUGACCUCAUGCUCCGGUUUUUGGAAGACCAAGACUACCGGGUACGAUACCGAGCCGCGCUUUUUGUGUCUCGCCCGUUCGAGUUGGCGCAUUCAGCAAAUGUAUAUCCCGUGGAAUACUGGCGACAAGUGGUUCAGCAUCUCGAUCUAUGCCUAACAUCCGGCCAACUGGAGCUUUUAUUGACCGCGACUUUAUCUAUGGUCAACAUUUUCGUAGUCAAUGAAGAAAUUCGACCUCGGGUCUAUGACCAACUCUUACAGCUACUCCGCGAUCCGCCAACUUGUCCUGACAAAGCUCUCCAUUAUCAAUUGGGAUACGGGCUUCUCGGGCGUGCUUCCUGUCAGUUGGGCUUUACCUCGACCAUAGACCUCUAUAAGUUCUACGCGGCGCAUAUUGUUCGAGUGCAACUGGAGAAGCAAGAGUCGCCCCUCAUGUGUACUGAACAUUGUGUUGGCUAUCGACUAAAACGCCACGAGAGUGAAGAGUUAGUUUAUGGCCAUUUUUUGGCAGUUGGCCCCUUUCUCUACAUAGAUGAUCAGGAGUCUUUCAAGAAAUGUGCCGACGCCGCUACUUUGAAGGAGGACGAUGCUCUUCGCCUAUGCUCGCCUGCUAUAGCCGCGGAACUACUUGCUCGCGCUUGUACGCAAAUCGCCUCCAUGGAUUGUACACCCAACGGCAUCGAUGAAAUAGUUGAACCGACGCUCAAGAUUAUGGGUAAAAAGUUGAAACUUCAGCGAGGCAUAAUGCAGACGGAGAGUGAGCGGGUGAUUGUCCAUUUAAUGCGUUUAGUGCAUGUUUCGCCUGAAGACCUAGAUAUGAUUUCAAGCCGCUUGAUUCAAGACACUGCACAACGUAACGUCUUUGAAGUCCUUAACUCCAGUUUGCGCGAAAAAACAGUUUGUGAACCUGCCUUGCCCUUUUACCCGAUCUUGCACAUCGCACAAGGUAUCAAGUGGCUUGGAGACCGCCACUCACUUUUCACUAAACCUGCCUUGGUAUACAACGUCCUUUGUCAGACCUUUGCUUCGUUGGCCUGCUGCCAUUUCACAAAUGAUCGCCUGAGAAUUCUUCAUUCCCUGAGCAUCUAUGUGUCGCUGUCUCACUGUACAAUCUCUUGCUCUCUGCCGAUUCUUAGCCUGAUCAUCCAAGCUUUGACCCCGCUUAUAUCUAAUGACGACAUUUUUCAAUCCGUGUGUAAAUUCGCCCAAUGGACUAUUUUGAAGGCUCUCCAGCCCUCUAACGCGAACCUCAAGGGACAUGCUUCAAUGGGUCCCCUGAUCAUCUCUGUCGCCGAUUCAAUGAAACAGUUGGCCGAUUCAACCUCCUCACUCCCAUCAGACAUCAUCUGCGCGACUGAGUUCAAUUCAUGGCUGUUGGCGCAUGUCACAAACACGAGAAAAUUGGGCACAACGGAAUACCAAAAGCUUUGUCAUAGUCUUUUAUUCCAUUGGCCAGAAAGUCAUGAAAUACAAGUUGAAGACGGCGCAAUCAAAUCAGUGCUCGGCAGCUCUACUGGCCUGGAAUUUAAAUUGAUCCAUCACCUACACGCCCGAAACUUCCCAGAAAGUACAACUGAAACCGGAAAUAUCCUAUACAGCUUACUAGCAUCUGCUCAAAACUUGAAGACCGAAAUCAAAAUUGAAGAUUGCCAGGCCUACUUGAAGUUGCUGUACCAAAACUCGGGUGUUUUGAUAUCACCUCGACUAGGAGAGUCAACGCAUAACAAAUCAAAUGCUAGUUUGGAAGAACGGUCUUUGGAUUCAGAACCUGAAAUCAUCUCCCAAAUAUAUGCUCUUGUUGUAUCACAUCUUCAGACAUACGAUUUUCAGCUACUUUGUUCUCUGACGAAUUUCUUACGAAGAGCAUCUAUUCUCGAGGUUCUACCGCACUUUACUGGAAGCAGAUUCUCACUGGCGCCUCUGUUGAUUGAAAAAGCCAGGCUGACUUGUCACCACUCUGAAUAUCUGGAAUAUCCGGUUCACCGAGUCUCUAAGCCUAGACAUGUUCCAGAUUUUACCUCCCUGGUCCAAUUAGCUGACUCGCCGCAUCACUGGACACUUGGCUUUCUAAAUCUCCUGAUCGCUUCCCGAGCCCAAGCGCGACAGUUUUACGUCCAACUCAUCCCUUUGAUUGAAAUGAAUGACGAGCUUGCAGCUAAGUUGCUUCCACAAGUACUGCAUUCUUGUUUACUUGAAGAGAUUGACUCUGCUGAGUCUAAUAUGAGAAAAACGGUUUCCAGCCAUAUCCAGACCAUACUUGCUUCCCAUUCGACUCACCGAGAUGUUGUUAUUCGCGUUCUAGAAUUGGUGAUUUACUUAAGAUUCCAUCUAAGACCCGGGCAGAAUCCUCUCGGAAACAAUACAUGGCUUGACAUCCCAUGGUUAGAGUUGGCAAAGCACGCAACUCAAUGGCGAAUGGCAGCUUCUGCUUUCUUGUUUAUUGAGAUUGCGCGCGAAGAAGGCCUUUUAAUUGAUGUCUCAAAACCGCUCAAUGGUGAUCUUCAGUCUUUGCUCGAGCGCCUGUACAGCAUUUCACCGGAGCCAGACGCAUUUUACAGUUUAAUACCCUCGAAUCCUACAAAUUUUCUGCUUCAGCGCUACCAGCACGAGCAUCAGUGGGCUUCUGCUUUUGCAUAUCAUGGCGCUCUACUCGAAGGUGCCAGCAUCAAAUCCCAGACAUUCUGUGAAGAAAUGCCAUCCCUUGCCGGCUACCUCUCAGGGAAUGGCUUGAACCGACUAGCUCACAUGGUUCUUCACACCCACAGUCUCAGUCAGGACCCAAGCAAAACCUACGACACCGAGACCGAAAACUCAUCUACAUUACCUUUUGAGUUGGCGUGGCGUGCGUCUGUUUGGGAUUUACCCGCGGUAAACCGACUGGGUGUUGAUUCAUCGACUAGAGUCUAUAGCAGCUUGAAAUCAUGCUACAGAGACCGAGAGACGAGCGCACGAAUAAACGCCACAAGCAACUGUCUAUUAGGUCAAUUUAAGGAACUAAUCAAGAUCACUGCUGACCGUGUUCAGCCCAGCUCACAAGAUAUUGGGUCAGCUUUGGCAUUAAGUGACAUUUUGAACUGGCUGAAGGAUCCUCGAAAGGAUGAUUUCGAGUCCCUCGUUUCUCUGCCUCCGAGUUGCCAGUAUAAUGUGCUAGAGCGAGUAUCUGCCGUUCGAAGAAGCCUACUACAAAUAGUAAUCGAGCAAAAACAAUCCGAAGUUGCUCAAGAUAAAGCGAGACGUACGGCUGCUCGAGAGGCAGAAUUGAAGUUGCGCAUCAGGACUAGUCAGGCGGCACGUCAUUCUGGAAAUGUCCAAGCGGCAGUCAACAUCAUUGUCCCAUCUUCCAACUUGACCGAUAAAGAAUUGGGGGACACGAUUUUGCAAGCCAAGGAGGAAUUUGCUCGGGUGUUAUGGGCCAAAGGUGAACAAGCCCUCGCGCUCAAUAUAAUGAAAGAAGUUCAAGCAGUGCAAAAAAAACUUCCAGAUUCUGCAGUGCAACUUUGCCAGAUAGGAGAAUGGAUUUCAAUUGCCCGGCUAAGUGCCCCCACGGAGAUCGUCGAUCAAUAUUUUGAAAAGGCCAUUCAAAGUCUCGAUAGCUCUCAGUAUCCUGAAGCGUUGGGCGAGAUUUCUUACAGCUACGCCAAAUUCGCCGAUCAACAAUAUCAUAAAAUGCAUGAUUCCGAGGAGAUGAAAAAGUUGAAGAAGUCUACUAAAAGGCUACAAGCAGAAAUCAAGGGAGCUGCAAAGCUUGCUAAAGUCGAUGGAGGCGCUAAAAAGGUGAAGGCACUGAAGGAAAGACUUCUUGAGGAAGACAGCGACAGACUCGACUCUCUUUCUAAACUUCAAACUCGGUACUUAUCUUCAUCGCUCAACAUGUAUUUGUCUUGUCUCUCUCAUGGUGACAAAAGAGAUCAGGUCAUUUUCCGGUUUGUCUCGCUUUGGUUGGAACACCACUCCGAUGACGCUUUGAAUAAGGCUAUUUUUACCCAGCUAAACUUGGUACCAACGCAUAAAUUUAUACCAGUGGCCAAUCAGUUGUCGGCACGGUUGAGCAAGCAAUCGUGCUCGGAAUUUCAGAAAGCCCUGGGUCAUCUGAUUGUUCAACUCUCCCAAGAUCAUCCUUUCCAUAUUCUCUUUCAGAUUUUAUUACUUCAGCGAGGAAUAGAAUCUAGUUGCCUUGAUAGCCUGAAUACCUCUAGAUCUCGCCGGACUUCGAAUAUAACUUCAGCCAAUACUCUCUCUCCUGCGGAUCGCUCGCGUGCAGAGGCAGCCAACAGUGUGCUCAGCGAAAUAGUUCGCAACGGACCCAGGCAAAAAGUUAUCAAAGAACUUUUGAUGGUACACAAGGCCUAUAAAGAAUGGGCGUCGUAUCCUUUAAAGGCCGGUAAAAACCCGCCGAAGCCAGGCACCCGUGCACAAAUCCCUGCACAUCUUUCGGUGAACAGUCUUAAAGACCUUAUUGUUCCAAUUUCGACAUUGCGUAUACCAAUUGAUAAAACGCGGCGCUACAUCCCGGAAAGCAUGCCUUGCAUCAACAGCUAUGAUGCCCCAUUUACGGUCGCCUCGGGUAAAAGCACACCAAAAAUUACGACGUGUCGGGACUCAAAUGGGAUUUCUUACAAGCAACUCUUCAAAGGAGGCGAUGAUACCCGACAAGAUGCGAUCAUGGAGCAGGUAUUCGAAUUAGUCAACAAUGUCCUCGAGCGCGACCCAGAAUGUCAGAAGAGAAGGUUGAGUUUCAAGACUUAUAUUGUGAUCCCCCUAUCUCCCGAUACUGGGUUGAUUGAAUUUGUCAAGAACACAUCAUCGUUGUUGGACAUCCUAAAGCCGGUGCAUGUCAAAUAUAACGAGCCGCCAGACUGGAGUUUGAAAAGAUUGUGGGAAUAUGUAGCCGCCCGGGGAAGCGCUGAUGAAAGAAUAACAAGGUAUCAAGAAGUUAUCACACAUUGUCGACCAGCCAUGAGGUUUUGGUUUUGGGAAUCUCAAAAAUGUCCACAGAAAUGGUACGAGAUGCGUCUCAAUUUCACCAGAUCGGCGGCGACUACUUCCAUAGUAGGUCAUAUCUUAGGGCUAGGAGACCGACAUCUAUCCAACAUUCUACUCGAUCAAGUGACCGGAGAGGUCGUCCAAAUUGAUCUUGGAGUAGCUUUUGAUGCAGGAAAAUUAUUACCAAUACCUGAACUGGUGCCUUUUCGACUCACCCGAGAUAUAGUUGACGGAUUUGGAGUGGCAAAAACUGAAGGCGUCUUUCGCCGAUGUUGCGAGCAAACUCUGCGUGUUUUGAGAGAAAAUAAGUGGUUGAUAAUGACGAUUUUAGAUGUCCUCAAACAAGAUCCCCUCCAAUCAUGGAUUGUUUCCAAGCAAGAAGAAAAGAUCAAGCAAGGGGCAAAGCAAGAUGCGGAGUGCAGCGGAGAAGAAGAUCAAGAAAGUUUUGAACAGUCUAUUACCGAAGCCCCAGAACAAGCUUCAAGAGCAUUGGCUUCUGUCGAGGAGAAGUUGUCGAGCAAUUUAAGCGUGGAAACUACAGUUAACCAGCUUAUCCUCGAAGCUACGUCUGUUGAAAAUUUAGGAUCUAUCUACUGCGGAUGGAAUGCCUUUUACUGA